AUGACAAAUCGCUUAAGAGAAAUGCUAUUACUUCUUAAAGAAAGUGAUUUGAAAGACUUAUUAAAGAAUAGAAAUACAAAUAAAAAACAUGUAGCAAAAGACCAAAAAGGAAAUACUACCAAAUCUCAAAAAUGGUGGACAUUUUUGGACUAUUUUAGUAAUGGAUUUUUGAUUGGAUUGAUACUUACUACAUUUAUCCCUAUAUCUGAUUUAAUUACAGAGGUUAAGACAAAAGUCAAGGUUGAAGGAAAUUUUGAUGAAAGUACCAAUACUACAAGUGCAGUGACUUUUAAUGAUGUUAAAGGAGUAGAUGAAGCUAAACAAGAGUUGAGAGAUAUUGUAGAAUUUCUUAAAAAUCCAACUAAAUUUUCUUCAUUAGGUGGAAAGUUACCAAAAGGUGUAUUACUUGUUGGACCUCCGGGAACUGGAAAAACCCUAUUAGCUCGAGCUGUUGCCGGAGAAGCUGGAGUGCCAUUUCUGUAUGCGGCUGGCUCUGAAUUUAAUGGUAUUUUAGUCGGACAAGGCUCUAUGCGAAUUCGUGAUCUUUUUAAAGCGGCAAAAGAAAAAUCGCCUUGUGUUAUAUUUAUUGAUGAAAUUGAUUCUGUUGGUGCAAAAAGAUCAAAUUAUGGUGCUCCAUACUCAAAUCAAACAAUAAAUCAGUUACUAACUGAAAUGGAUGGGUUUCAUCAAAAUCAAAACAUUAUUGUACUUGGUGCUACUAAUAGACGUGAGGAUUUGGAUCAAGCUUUGCUUCGUCCAGGUCGUUUUGACAUUGAAGUUUAUGUUUCUUAUCCGGACUAUGAGGGGCGAAAACAAAUAAUAGAUUUAUAUCUUAAGAAAAUACUUAACAAAGACAUUGAUGUAGAUCUAUUGGCUAGAGGAACUAGUGGUUUUACUGGUGCUGAUAUUGAAAAUAUGGUAAACUUAGCGGCUGUAAAAGCCGCAAGUGAUGGAGCUACAACUGUGUCUAUGAAAUAUUUGGAAAUUUCUAGGGAUAAAAUAUUAAUGGGGCCUGAAAAAAAAACAAAGAUUCCUGAUGAGGAAGCAAAUACAAUAACUGCGUACCAUGAAAGCGGACAUGCAAUUGUUGCAUAUUUCACUAAAGAUUCUCAUCCACUUCAUAAGGUAACAAUAAUGCCAAGAGGAUCAUCAUUAGGCCAUACUGCAUAUAUACCAGCAAAAGAAGAAUACCAUGUAACUAAAGCUAGAAUGUUAGCCUUAAUGGAUACAAUGAUGGGUGGUCGUGCUGCUGAAGAAUUAAUAUUUGGUCCUGAAAAAGUUACAACUGGAGCUUCAAAUGAUUUAAAACAAGCUACUAAUAUAGCGACUAGAAUGGUGAAAGAACUUGGAAUGUCUGAAAAAGUUGGGCUUCGUAAUCACGAGUCUCAGUCAAAUGAUCUAAGUACAGCUACAAAUGAACUCAUUGAUGAUGAAAUCAAAAGGAUUUUGCAGGAAUCGUAUGAACGUGCAAAAAGCAUAUUAAUUGUUCACCAAGAAGAACAUAAGCUUUUGGCUGAAGCAUUACUUAAGUAUGAAACAUUAGAUGCAGAAAACGUUAAAGCACUUUUAAAUAAGAAAGAAUAA